CUUUCACCUGCGGAGAAAAAUAAGGAGAGCCAAAUAGAAAAAUAAUUUAUUUAAUCGCACACAUCAAUAUAUAAAAUAUGCUAAUCGCUAAAUACUUAAACUAUUAUUAAGGCUGAAUAAAUACUUUAGAAAAACGUACAACGAUGCUCAGCCAACAGUGGUUCAGACAAGAAAAAGGUUUUGCUUUGCGGAAAGAACUCCACCUACGACGGAAAUAGGUGUCGCUUAAAAUUAUGCGGUAAAGAAAUUUAUUGAAAAUGUAUUACCUUAUAAUAGAUUACAAUUUAUAGGAAAAUACUAUAAUAGAUAGGAAAGAUACACGAAAGCAUACCAAAUACCAAAUAACAAAUUUCAAUUCAUCUAUGAUAAAUAAUAAAUCUUUAAAAUGAAAUUAUUUAAACGUUGAACUGAACUGCUUUUAUAUCAUUAAGAGUUAUGAAAUAGUUGAAAAAAGCUGGUUGUCUUUAGUUUUUAGCGAUCAUCAGGAUUCAAUCUCUUGGCGCCUAUGGACUUUGGUGUCACGUUACAGAAUUGUAAACAGAAAUUUAGUCAACAAAGACAGAUUCUAUAUCUAAUUUGUCUUCUGUGAUUCUUCUGUUCGUGAUGUGUGUAGAAUAUAAUUGGAAAUCAUAUAUGGUUAAUAAUUAAAAAUUCGGUAAUUUAAAACGCAAGUGAAUUCUUUUGUUUCUCGUAAGUUGUAGACAAAGAGUUUACAUAGGUACGUUCUUAAUUCUGUGUCUUAUGCAUGAAAGCUGCGAAAAGAAUCAUUAAAUUAUCAUGGUUAACAAAGGAGAUACGUUAUUGAAGAAAGAAAGGUACCUCGAUGCAUUGUUAAAGGAAGGGAAAAGAUGUUUAGCGAUGAUGCAGGAAAUGUAUGACUGUUGUAAAACAGAGUCGAAUCUGUAUAAGAAACUGUUGUUUGCGAUGGAUCGCUAUUCACGAUAUAAAACACAAGUAAGAGAAGAUAUGGAAGAAUUGAAGGAAAUGUUUGAAGAAAUAGAUGACAUGGUAGACGAGGAUGAAGAAUCAGAUGAGGAGAUAGAUGACGAAGAUGACUUUGUACCGAUAGAGCUGGAAGACUUUGAAGAACAAAACGUAGAAGAAGAAGAAGAAGAAGAAGAAGAAGAUUUCGUGCUCGAGGAACAAAUUCGAUACUUUCAUAACAUAAUACAUCGAAAGAACGCCUUAGCAAAUCUGGAAAUGAUACUUUUACGGUUGCUCGAUAUAGACGCAAAGCUAAUGAGUCUUCAAUUGUCGAUAUAUUCAAAGUUAAAAAUUUAUUUGAAAGAAUAUUGCGGAAAAGUGAGAGUAGUUCUGAAACGUAGUGUAAAUUUCAUGAAAUCCGUGAAUAAUUUUAAGGGGAGACAGUUAGCCCAGAGGACUCUGAAUAAAUACAGGAAGCUGCAACAACUUUUAACUGAUCUUAUAGAGGUAAGAUUAAUUAUGUAUAAAGAUGUUUUAACGGGAAUGCUAAGAAAUUUCACGAUUUUCAAAUCAGGUAAUAACAUGUAUAUCGAAUUUCUGUUCUUUUAAUAUAGAAACAAACGUUUUUUGACGGAAUCAAGAUGCAAUUAAAUGCAAAUAAAACGAGCAAAGAGAAAGGAAUCAAUGAAAUUUCUAUAAUGUAAUAUAUUAUAAUGUAGUAUCGUUGUGGGAAAGAAAAUGAAUUUAUUUUUCUAAUUACUAAUAUUUUUAUCUUAUGCAAAGAUCAUGUAACAACGCCUAAGGAAUAAUCGUAAUCGUAAAUGUUUGAAAUAUAAGGAGUCUCUAAUACGUGGUUAGCGACAUUAACGAAACCCAGUAUGUAGUAAUAUGUAUCUGUUCUUUAUAAAUGGCUUACGCCUGCCAACGCAUUUGUUCUCUCGGAAAGUGGUCGAAGAAAGGGUAGAAACUUUCAGACUGUUUAAAUAAUAGAGGUGAUGUGAGAAAGAUUAUAGGUGGACGUAAUAUAGGAAAAGGAAGCCUAGGAAGAU